CAAAGUGGUAUUUUCUUUCGGUGUUCGCGUUGGGAAAGGACGUUGUGUUCCGCGAUUUCCGAGCAAGAUACGCGAAGGAAUCAUUGUCAACGAACGAUGGAGGCCGGUGCGAGUACGGGUACUCGUACGACGCGAUUUAUGAUGGAAGGUGUCGGCGCUCGAGUGAUUCGUGGACCGGAAUGGAAAUGGGGAAAACAGGACGGUGGAGAAGGUCAUGUUGGUACUGUAAGAAAUUUUGAAUCACCAGAAGAGGUUGUAGUUGUUUGGGAUAAUGGUACAGCAGCCAAUUAUCGAUGCUCUGGAGCCUUUGAUCUGCGGAUUCUGGAUUCUGCACCAACAGGAGUGAAACAUGAUGGUACAAUGUGUGAUACUUGUCGUCAGCAGCCUAUCUUUGGUAUUAGAUGGAAGUGUGCUGAAUGUGGCAACUACGAUCUUUGUUCCAUUUGUUAUCAUGGAGAUAAACAUCAUUUACGUCAUAGAUUUUUUCGUAUUGCUACACCAGGAAGUGAAAGAGUUCUACUAGAGCCUCGUAGGAAAAGCAAAAAGAUUGGAAUUCGUGGUAUAUUCCCUGGUGCAAGAGUUGUACGAGGCGUGGACUGGCAAUGGGAAGAUCAGGAUGGUGGAAAUGGCCGUCGAGGAAAAGUUAAUGAAAUACAAGACUGGUCUGCAGCUAGUCCACGUUCAGCGGCUUACGUUAUUUGGGAUAAUGGUGCUAAAAAUUUGUAUAGAGUCGGCUUUGAAGGAAUGGCUGAUUUAAAAGUGGUCAGUGAUGCAAAAGGACAAACGGUAUAUAGAGAUCAUUUGCCAUUGCUAGGUGAGCAAGGGCCAGGUCGGACAGGACCUCACGGUUUGCAAAUUGGUGAUCAGGUUAAUGUCGAUUUAGAAUUAGAAAUUGUACAAUCUCUACAACAUGGCCAUGGAGGCUGGACAGACGGCAUGUUUGAAUGUCUCGGCACUACAGGAACGGUUGUCGGUAUUGAUGAAGAUCAUGACAUUGUUGUCUCAUAUCCAAGUGGUAAUCGAUGGACUUUCAAUCCUGCUGUACUCACCAAAGUCCAGAUACCUGUCCCUGUUACUAGUUCGAGUUCUGACAAUCAGACAUUUGCUGUUGGAGAUUUAGUUCAAAUAUGCCAUGAUAUAGAAAAAAUUAAAUUACUCCAACGUGGUCAUGGGGAAUGGGCUGAGGCAAUGGCUCCAACUUUAGGAAAGAUAGGUAGAGUACAACAAAUAUAUCAUGAUGGAGAUUUAAAAGUGGAAGUCUGUAGUACAUCAUGGACAUAUAAUCCUCAAGCUGUUACAAAAGUUGCUAGUAGCGAUGGAAGUGUUCCAGGAAAUAGUAGUGGUGAACGAUUAUCAGCAUUAUUAAAGAAAUUAUUUGAGACACAUGUUUCUGGUGAUGUCAAUGAAGAAUUAGUAAAAACUGCAGCGAAUGGCGACGCUACUAAGUGCGAAGAAUGCUUAAAAAGGCCGGAAGCUGAUGUUAACGGUGUAUUCGCUGGCCACACCGCCUUGCAAGCUGCAAGUCAAAACGGUCAUUUAGAAGUUAUUAAAAUACUUCUUCGAUAUAGCGCAGAUGUAGAAAUGGAAGAUAAAGAUGGCGAUAGAGCCGUACAUCAUGCUGCUUUUGGAGAUGAGCCAGGUGUUAUGGCGCUUCUCGCUGGUGCCGGCGCCGAUUUAAAUGCUCGAAAUAAAAGACGUCAGACAGCUCUUCAUAUCGCGGUUAAUAAAGGACACGCUGGUGUUGUGCGAACUUUAUUGGAAUUAGGCUGCCAUCCGAGUUUACAGGACUCCGAAGGUGACACACCUCUUCACGAUGCGAUCUCUAAGAAACGGGAUGACAUGUUGGCUCUGUUGUUGGACCACGCCGCAGACAUCACCCUCACCAACAACAAUGGCUUCAACGCUCUUCACCAUGCUGCUCUUCGUGGCAACCCAAGUGCAAUGCGGGUACUGCUGUCAAAAUUACCGCGACCCUGGAUUGUCGACGAGAAGAAAGAUGAUGGUUAUACGGCCCUUCAUUUAGCUGCCCUCAACAAUCACGUAGAAGUUGCGGAACAACUGGCACGCGCUGGGAAAGCCGAUCUGGAUCUGCAGAACGUGAACCUGCAGACCGCUUUGCAUCUAGCGGUCGAGCGACAACACACGCAGAUCGUCCGACUGUUGGUUCGCGAAGGCGCGAAUCUAAAUGUCGCCGAUAAGGACGGAGAUACGCCUCUGCAUGAGGCCCUUCGACAUCACACGCUGUCGCAACUACGACAGCUGCAGGACGUGCAGGAUGUCGGACGACUGCUGAUGGGCCUGGGCACUCAGGGUCAGGACAAGAAGAGCAGUUCCUUCAUCGCAUGCUUCCUUGCAGCACACGGUGCCGAUCUAGAGCUGAAGAACAAAAAGGGCCAAACACCUUUGGAUCUUUGCCCGGACCCGAAUCUCUGCAAGACUCUCACCACCUGUCACAAGGAUAAGGAGUCGUUAGUAUUCGGACACGACAUCGAAACCAUCGUCCCUUCGGCAGCGAUCGACGAGUGUCUUGUAUGCUCCGAUGGCAAACGAGAGAUGCUGUUUAGUCCCUGUGGACACGUGGCUUGUUGUAACGUCUGUGCACCGAGGGUGAAGAAAUGCCUGAUUUGUCGUGAGAACGUUCUUUCUCGAGUAAAGAUCGAAGAAUGCGUAGUGUGUUCGGAUCGCAAGGCGGGCGUGCUGUUCCGUCCGUGCGGCCACAUGUGUGCCUGCGAGAGCUGUGCGGCCCUGAUGAAGAAGUGCGUGCAAUGUCGGGCCCAAAUACAGCACAUGGUACCACUCUCUGUCUGCUGCGGCGGCGGUGGUGAUGUCACCUACGUGAAGGGGUGCAACGCCUCAGGAACAAUAUCUGAAGUCAAGGUGGAUCUUGAGGAAGAAUCGACGCCCUCAAACAAUACCGGAGUUGGAGAAGCUCUCCUAAUGAACAACGGCAGCCGAGAUACUUCCCACAGCGACAUACAAAAACUACAGCAGCAAUUGCAGGACAUCAAGGAGCAGACCAUGUGCCCGGUUUGUCUGGAUCGUCUGAAAAACAUGAUCUUCCUGUGCGGACACGGCACCUGCCAAAUGUGCGGCGACCGGAUGUCGGAGUGUCCAAUAUGUCGCAAGGCGGUAGACAAACGUAUUCUGCUCUACUAAAAAUAAAAGACUGUUACAGGCUGCAUUGCGCACUGAAAUUUUCUAAGGGCGAUUAUACGUGAUUGUAUGACGGACGAAUUAUAAUCCACAAGGAUCCACGAUAUUUCACGAGACGAAACCUCCAUUUCCUCUUAGCCCCGUUUACUUCUGAUAACAGCAUUACGUCAAGCUGAAUCGCAGAGCAACGUUGUUUGUCAUGAAAUAAAAAAAAUCAUGAUAUUAAAUGAUAUAACAAUGAAAAAUAAUGAAGAUAUUAAAUGGCGCUCUUCGAGCUACGGUGGUUUAUAGAUAAAAAUGUAAGUUGAUUGAUACGUAAAUAACUGCGAUAAGUGUAGGUACGCACAAUUAUUAUUUAUUGUUCAUAUUUUUAAUAAAAGAACCUCGUUGCAUGAUAGAUGA